AUGGGAAAACUCGCCGAGCAGGCGGAAUGCUAUGAACUCGCCGAGCAGGCGGAAUGCUACGAGGAGAUGAUCCAGUUCAUGGAGCAGCUCGUAAGAUGCGCUACUCCGAGAGAGGAGCUCACCAUUGAGGUGAGGAAUCUGCUCUCAGUUGCCUACAAGAACUUGAUCGGUUCUGUCUUCGAUUCACCAGCAGGAAAAAAGCAGGAAGAACGAGGAACACGUGGAUCUAAGGUGGAUUACAUAUCUAAGGUGGAGUUAGAGCUUUCCUCCAUAUGUUUUGGGUUCCUCAAGCUCUAUGACUCACAUCUGAUCCUGUCUGUGGCAGCGAGCGAGAUAAAGGUGUUUAACAUGAAAAAGAAGAAAGAUGAAGUGAUAACCGAUUACUGA